AUGCGAGUCCGUCUUGGUCUGAUGAACAGCCUCUACUCGUUGUUCGCCGGCAGUACGAAGGGAAUGGUAUCGAUGAAUGCCAGGGGUGCAGGGAGCAGUCGAAGGCGAUCUGGGCUCCCAACUCGCCGGCUCUUCAAGCUGAAAGAUUCCAGCGUGCUAGCUAUAUCGGGAGGCGACCUAACGAAGUGGAAAGGCGAUGCUGUUGUGAACGCUGCAAACGAGUGGAUGUUGGGAGGAGGAGGCGUAGAUGGGGCAAUCCAUCGAGCAGCAGGACGAGAUCUCCUGAAGGCAUGCUAUGACGUUGAGCCCAACUCAGAGGACAUCCGGUGCCCGACUGGCGAAGCCCGCAUCACUCCCGGAUUCCGCCUACCCGCCAAGUUCGUGAUCCAUACCGUUGGUCCUGUCUACGAAAACAAAGAGGUGUCAGCGCCGCUCCUUCGAUCUGCCAUCAAGAAUUCGUUGCUGCUGUGCAAGGAGAACGGAGUGAAAAGCGUCGCUUUCCCAGCUAUAUCCUGCGGCGUCUACGGGUACCCAGCAGGCGAGGCUGCUGAGAUCGCCAUUGACACUAUGCUGGAAUUCAGCGAAGGUAUCGACCUCAUCGAGUUCGUACUGUUCGGAAAGGACACAUACAACCCUUUCAUGAAGAAAGCCUCUGAGAAGCUUGCAGUUGUCAAGGAGGAUUCUGGCGGCUCGCCGGAUGACUCCAACGCUCCAAAAGCUUCCUCCACGUCAGAGCCCAAGACGGUGGAUGAGGGUGCGCCAAACACUGCCUCUGGCGAAGUCUCUGUUUCGGCAGGCGGAGCUGCCGCCCCUACGUUGGAAGAGAAACAGAAGCCCGAAGAACCCGAGUGCGCCAAACCGCCUGCUGGGCCGACUUCGGAAGAGGGAGAUGGUGCCGUUGAGCCGAUGUCGCAAGAGGAAACUUUCGGUACGCUGGACGGAUCCGUUGAAGAAGGCACCGAGGAACCCAUGUCUCAAGAGCAAACUGUCGGCGGGCUUGAUGAAGACGCGACGGUCGAAGAGGGCACCGAGGAACCCAUGUCCCAAGAGCAAACUGCCGGCGGGCUUGGUGAGGACGUGACUCCCGCUCAUGGAGGCGAGCCGAUGCCCCACGCGGUGUCACAAGGAACUGGAGAGGACACACCCUCGAAGACCGCGCAAGGCGGCGAGCGACAGGUGCAGGACCGGAAGCGACCGGCACCUGACGGGAAAGCAGCAGACAGCAGUCAAGCAAUGGAAACGGAAGAACCUCACAAAGAAGGAGCUCAGGAAGCGGGGGAAGGGCAGGCUGAGGGAGUCGAGACUGCAUCCCGCGUGCGUGACUCGUCUCCGCCGACCGAGAAGCGAUGAACAGGGUGUUGCAAGAGAUGUGCGUUCGGGUGGCUGUUGCGGUGGACACCGAGUCACGCGCGUUGAAUAACAUGCACGCCAAAGCUUUUGUUCGGAACGGCACUGAUUGACUGCCUGAGACUCGGGCUAUUGGCGUGCUAGAUGUGGGAGGCCUUUUCCCUCAGCGUAAGAAGGUUCUUAUCGGUUGUAGCAACCAAUAUUUUUUCGACAUUUUGUUUUCUCAACAAGACUCAGAUCAAGACCAAUUUAUACAGUACCACCCCGGGGCUUCUUUACACGUCUACUUUUUUGUACACUACUACCCCCGCUAACACCAGUACCGUUUAUUGGUCGCGGGCCGUCUUCCUCUAUUGAUGCGCCCUCGGCGCCUUUUGGAUUCAAAUCCUUUGGUGCGGCCACCACCUUGGGCAAUCCCGACUGAGCCACGCCCUUGUUUUGGGCAGAGUUGAUCAUCCCUGCUAAAGGCACUUUCCCAAUCGGAGCGGGGUUGUUCAUGUCGACAUACAAGACGCUCGUCAUGGUAGCACUCGCGCCUUGAACUACGCGAGUUACUUCGAGGAGCGCUACCUGUUGCAGGUACAAGAACUCGUCAAACGACUUCGUGGCAAAGUAGCAAACUACAUUGAUCUUGAGGCCGCUUUCCGCAAAGUCGACCAAAUGGACGCGGAACGGACUGAGUAAGUCAAUGUUAGGGACGUCCUUGAGGGCAGUUUUGAUCCCCUGCAGAAUUUCUGCCACCUUAGGCGCAUCCGCGUACCUG